AUGGUGUCCCAAGAAGUGUGCUGUAUGUCUGGAGCCCGCAUACAAGAUGAUAUGGAAAGGUUGCUGAGGCUCAUGCAUCUCUCUGUCCACUACCCUAUGCUGCUUAUCUACUUCGGCACUAAUGAUAUUACCAGUCUGUUCAGGUUAAACUUCAUUUUAAUUAUUUGGAUCUCAACAAUGCACCUGUGGGGGUGUUACCCAACUGUCCCUUCUACGCUGUCCAGGAAAUCUGAUUACUGUCUCACCCUGCUGAAUAGCUGCUUAGCCAAGCUGGACAGGAGUGAAGAAUUGACUUUUCUAAAACCUUUCCUGGAGAAGUCUUUCAUUAAAAGGUCCUUUCGCAAUGGAGUUGGAUCAGGAAUUAAAAAAACUUCCUUUCAAAGAGCAAAUUAAUAAAUAACUGCUCAAGAAAGUACCCUCAACUUUAGCAUCUAACAUUUAACUGUGAGCUUAAAAUAAUUUGCAAUGCAUUUCUGUUACAAAACCAACAGAAACAAAUGUAUCAGCAUGUUCAUAAUGUAAACAGAUGUUUAUUUCAAAUAGUGCAAGCCAAGUG